AACACAACUUUCGGUUUCCUUUCUGGCUAACUAAACUGUUUACAUGCCGGGGCGUUAUCUCUUUCAGCGGUUGGUGAAUAACAUUGUAUAUGUUCUCUCCUACUUGCCCCGGAGUGUGUUUUUUGUGUUACAACGACUUAUUUCAGCUAUGGCUAACUUUGGUGCUCUCACGCCCGACACAGACAACUCUGAAAUAAGUGAUAACGCAAGUAGGCCUUCUGGGACAAAUUAUUGCAAAGACAACGAUUCAAAAAGUUGUGACAAUCAAGACAACGACAGUGACUCUGACGAUUCAUUCACUUCGGAGUAUGACUCUACGUGGGAAGAAGAUGACAAAAUUAAGUCGGACACAAGAAAGACUCAGCCCAGGACAGAACAGCGCUGGUGGGGAGGCUGGUCAAUGGGCAGAAACACAAGUGCUGCCAGGGACAUGCAGACUUACAGACACGACUAUCCAGGUCAGGAGGAUCCUCCACCUUGUCAGGUCUUUACACACCAUCCUAAUUUGAAGUUCUACAAAAACGAGAUGGCAUCUCAACCUGACGAUGUCUCCAUAGAAGAAUUCCAUAAUAAUUGGAGGGGUGAUUAUUCACGCCUGGAGAGGAGCCACACAUUCAUCCAGUGGUUGUUCCCAAUACGAGAGGAUGGUAUGAACUAUCAAGCUUAUAAACUCACAACGGAUGAGAGAGAGGCAUUUAUUGCAGAUGAGACAGCGAAAGAAAGACUGAGAGAAUCGUAUGAGCUGAUGCUGGAUUUUUAUGGCAUGAAGCUGGUAAACUAUCAGACAGGGGAAGUGGAAAGGGCUGAAAACUGGAGAGAGCGUUUUUACAACCUCAACAAGCAUACCCACAACAGUCUUCGCAUCACUCGUAUCUUGAAGUGUUUGGGCACCUUGGGAUUUGCACACUAUCAAGCUCCACUGGUUCGCCUCUUCCUGACGGAGACGCUGAAGAACGGGGAGCUUCCAAAUGUUAAGAGGAGCGUUCUGGACUACUUCUUGUUUUCUGUCCUUGACAAAGCACAGCGCAAAGAACUAAUUCGAGAAGCCUUCACAAUGUUGCACAAGCACAAGGGAAACAGAAAGAACACAGGGUCAGAGAAAUUUGUGUGGUGCCCUAAGCGUGUCCAGAAAAGGUUCCUGGAGGAGCUCAAGAGUGAGGAAACCAAUACAAACAGAGCCGGUGAUCAGAGUCUUGAUCAUGUAGAUGAAACUCAGUCCACCGCUGAGGGAAACACUGGUGAGGUUGAGAAAAAUGAUUCACAGUUGGAAGGUGUGAGUAAGGAAAGUUCAGAUGUGGAAAUGCAGGUCCCCACCGACGACAGGCCAGAUAGCCAGAUAGCAAAUGAAGAAGCUCUUGCUGGUGCCGAUUUGGCCGAGGAGUCUUUGGCCAGGAAGGAUUCAGAUAAGAAUGAUGAAACGUCACGCACUAUAGGAGAUGGUGAGACAGAACAUACAAAUACUGAGAUGGCAGGGGCAGAGGCGCAGAAGAACAUAAGUGACAAACAAGAGAGACAAAGUGCAAACAAGUCAACUUCUAGAGAUGACAGCUCAGUCAGUGGUUCUUCAACAGAUGAACUAUCAAGUACAAUGCAAUUAAAUGGCGAGGAUCCCACACAAUAUCCCACAAAGCAAAGUAAUGCUCACAUUGUAACAGAAAAUGAAGCAAACAGUGAAGAUCUUAAAACUUUUCAAGAUGACAAACCUGAAGGGUGUCCAGAACAGGGAAAGGAGGAAGUCAGGCCAGCAGAAGGCCCUACUGGUCCUCCUAAUAUCACAGAUGAGUUAAAUAAUGAAAACGUGUCUACAGUGUGUCAUAACAGUAGGGUGAAGAACCUGUCCAGUUCCUCAAUAGAUGGUUCUGAUAGUUCUGAUCCGGAUAAUCCAACACCACUGCAAAUGGAUCUGAAGCUGACUACAGACAAAGACACUGAUAAGGAGAAGCCUGUUGAAUUGUCAGUUGAGAAAUCCAAUGAAAAGUACAACGAAGAUGAGAUGCAAAAUACUGCUGUGAAUUCAGGUACUCAGCUGGCAAAAGAGGAUCACAUUGGUAGUCAGCAAGCUCCUCUUGGGAAUCAGGGAGUUGAGACAGCUGUUGUUCCUGCCAAAGAUUCACCAGAAGUAGAGUAGAGUUCAAAUGUAAUCACUGAUGUCUUUGGCAAUGAGGAUCAAGUACACACUGGAAAGAAUUCUUCAGAGAAUGAUUUAUCUCUUUUCUAUGCACUGUUUUUGAGUUUGAGUAGGUUCUAAAUUGUGACUUGAUGAAUGUAAUAAAUGCAUACACACAA